AUUGCUGUGUUAAAAUAUUUUCCUCUUCCACAAUUCGCUUUUCGCAAUUCAAAAUGUAGAAUCUGUUGAGAGGCACCUUAUUCACCUGUUGCCUAUCUAAUUUCAAAUUAACAAUGGUACACCGUAAACUUUUAUUUUUUGUUUAGUAUUAUAUUCUUGUCUCUUAUAAGUUAUGGUCGUAUUCACUCGAACGAAACGUUAAGCAACGAACGUUCGUUAAUGAUGUUUAGUAUUAAUGUCCAGAACGAGUGUUGAUUUUUUAACUUAUAUUAUUAUUCAUCACUAAUUAGAGACUUUAUUUUAACUGAAAAUGUCAUUGUUAAGAUUUACUUUCGUAGUAAUCCAAAUCAUUACAAUUGUAUCGUCACAGAAGAUCAGUUCCAGAAAUAAACAAAACACUGCUAUUUCUCAAGAUACUACUUAUAAAUUAUGUCACAUGGGGAUUGAACAACAUUUUAAGCCAAUCUUAGAUGAAAUGUUAAUUGAAAGAGUAGUUGGAACAAAUAAUCAUGAAUUUGUAAAAACGUAUAUCGCAGAAGAAAUGAAGAAUAAUGGUUGGACAGUGGAAUUAGAUGAAUUCAAAGCCAUGACACCAAAAGGUGUAUACAAUAUGACUAAUGUUGUAGCUACUCUAAACCCUAUGGCUGAUCGGUAUAUAGUUAUUGCUUGCCAUUAUGAUUCAAAAUUAAUGGAUUUUUAUUUUGUCGGCGCUACUGAUUCAGCAGUACCUUGUGCUAUGAUGAUAUACAUGGCAGAGUCAUUAAACCAACGUCUUGAAACCUUUAAAAACACUCCUUUAAGCUUGAUGAUGGUAUUUUUCGAUGGAGAAGAAGCUUUUGUGGAAUGGACAGAUUCAGAUUCUCUUUAUGGUUCACGACAUUUAGCUUCAAAGAUGGAAAAUACCAAAUUUCUACAUAAUGGUCGACAAUUAAAUCAAUUAUAUAGAAUAGAAUUUUUAAUGCUUCUAGAUUUGUUAGGCACAAAGAAUCCAAAAUUCUAUAACUAUUUUUUAGAAACAGCUGAUCUAUAUCGAUCUUUGAUAAAAUCUGAAACAAUCUUAAACAAGACUGGUUGUUUAAAUGAACAUACUCAAACUUAUUUCCGUCCAAUGUCUGCAUUUGUUCAAAUUGAUGAUGAUCAUAUGCCAUUUUAUCAAAGAGGAAUUGAAGUAGUUCAUAUGAUUCCAAAUCCAUUUCCACAUGUUUGGCAUAAAAAAAGUGAUAAUAAAGAUGCAUUACACAUGCCAACAAUUCUGAACUUGAUAAAAAUUGUUCAAGUAUUUAUAGUUAGCUAUUUGGAAAAUCAGUGAAAAUAUUAUUUGGGUUUCUUCCUAGUAUCUCAUUUAUAAAUUAAAUUUUUUUUUUAUAUUUUUUGACUGUUGAAUUUAUUUUUAUUAAUUUUUUUUUUAUGUUAUUUUUUAAUUUUACAUAUUUUAUUUAAUAUAUAUAUAUAUAUAUAUUUGUAUACUUAUCUGUAUAAUUGUUAGAAAAUAAAAUUAUUAAAACAA